GGAAGUGGAAAGUGAUAGAGAGGGAGUCCCAGAAGAACCGAAAAUGAGUCCAGAGAAACAAGAAGAAACCAGUCAAGGUGAUGCCAAUGAAAGUGCAUUAUUACAGGGUCUGUCCAGCCAUGUGACUCCGUUGGUACCAGAAUUCUUGGACCCAGCACAUAUCCAGGAGAAGGCCUUGGCCUGUGAGGUAAACAACAUACAACACAUGCCUGCAAAGGAGUCCAGAGGUCCACAGCCCAAGGACAUAUUUCCCCCUGUAUGGGGCGGUAGCAUCUCCAAUUCCUCAGCAAAAACCAUACAGCCCAAGCGGGCUGACAUCCCCAGUUUUUCAGCAAAACCCAUCCUGCCCAAGCAGGCUGAUACUCCAAGUUUGUCAGCAAGAACAAUCCCACCCAAGCAGGCUGACACCCCCAACUCCCCAGAAAAAAUUAUCCCACUCAAGCAGACUGACAUCUUCAAUUUCUCAGCAAAACCCCUAUCACCCAAGCAGGCUGACACCUCCAGUUUUUUAACAAAAAUCAUCCCACCUAAGCAGGGUGAUACCUCCAAUUCCCCAACUAAAACCACCCCAUACAAACAGACUGAUAUCCUCAAUUCCCCAGCCAAAACCAUCCUACCCAAGCAGGCUGACACCCCCAAUUUUUCAGUAAGAACCAUCCCCCCCAAGCAGGCUGACACCCCCAAUUUUUCAGCAAAAAUCAUCCCAUCCAAGCAGGCUGACACCCUCCAUUCUUUAGAAAAAAUUAUCCCACCCAAACAAGAUGACAUCUCCAAUUCCUCAGAAAAAAUCACCCUGCCAAAGGAAGAUGGCACGUCUGCUUCUUCAGAAAAGAACAUCCCACGCAAGCAGGGUGACACCAAUUCCCCAGUAAAAUCCAUCCUGCCUAAGCAGGGCAAUAGCCCUAAGUUCUUAGCAAAAUCCAUUCUGCCCAAAGGGGCCAACACCCCCAAGUUGUCAGCAAAAGCUUUCCAGUCUAAGCAGGUCAACAGCCCCAAGGUCUUAGCAAAAACCAUCCUGUCCAAGCACAGCCACACUUCCAAGUCCUCAGAGGAAAGCCUCCUGCCCAGAGAGGGUGACAUCAAGUCCUCAGAAGAUACAAUCCACCCCAAGGAGGGGGACAUCACCAAGUCCUCAGAGGAAACCAUCCAGUCCAAGAAGGGUGACAUUCCCAAGUCCUCAGAAGAAGCCAUCCAUCCCAUAGAAGGCAGUGUCCAGAAGCCAUCAGAGACAAUGGAACUCUUGGAGGUGGACUUGGUGAAAAUGAUCCUGAGCAAGGAGGACUUUGAGUUGGCACUCAAGGAGGCCGGGGAGAAGCUGGUAGCCGUGGACUUCUCAGCCACCUGGUGUGGGCCUUGCAGGACCAUCAGGCCCCUUUUCCGGUCCCUGUCCUUGAAGUAUGAGGAUGUGGUGUUCCUGGAAGUGGAUGCUGAUGAGUGUGAGGAGCUGGUGAGAGACCUGGAGAUCAUUUGCAUCCCAACCUUUCAGUUUUAUAAAAAAGAAGAAAAGGUGGGAGAAUUUUGUGGUGCUAUUAAAGAAAAACUUGAAGCAAGCAUUGCAGAAUUAAAGUAAUUGUGAAUUCUGAAAGCACUGUUAACAGUCAGCUGGUUAU